AUGACCCUUCCAUCUCUCUCUUUCUAUUCCUCCACUGGACGCUGUGCAGACAUGUCUCAUCGCAAGUUCCAUGCACCUCGCCAUGGACACAUGGGCUUCCUGCCCCACAAGCGCAGCAAGAAGCACAGAGGGAAGGUGCGCACGUGGCCCAAAGACGACCCCAGUAAACCGGUCCACCUCACCGCAUUCCCAGGAUACAAGGCUGGCAUGACUCACACGCUGAGGGACAUGCACCGCACCGGCCUCAAGCAAGCAAAGCGAGAAGUCGUGGAGGCGGUGACCAUCAUUGAGACUCCUCCAGUCAUCGUGAUGGGGGUGGUGGGAUACAUUCACACCAUCCGUGGCUUACGUCCCUUGAAAACCAUCUUUGCUGAGCAUCUCAGUGACGAGUGCAAGAGAAGAUUUUAUAAAAACUGGCACAAGAGCAAGAAGAAGGCGUUCACCAAGUACAGUAAGAAGUGGACGGAUGAGACGGGGAAGAAACAGCUGGACAAGGAUUUCAACCAGAUGAAGAAAUACUGUUCAGUCAUCAGGGUUCUUGUUCACACUCAGAUGCGGCUGCUGCCCAUCCUGCAGAAGAAGGCCCACGUCCUGGAGGUGCAGCUGAACGGAGGAAGCAUCUCUGAUAAGGUGGACUGGGCCAAGGAGCGUCUGGAGCAGGCCGUGCCCGUCUCCUCCGUCUUCUACCAGGACGAGAUGAUCGACGUCAUCGGAGUCACCCGGGGCCGCGGCUUCAAAGGUGUGACGAGCCGCUGGAAGACCAAGAAGCUUCCGAGGAAAACCCACAAAGGUCUGAGGAAGGUGGCGUGUAUCGGAGCGUGGCAUCCGGCCCGCGUCUCCUUCACCAUCGCACGAGCCGGUCAGAAGGGUUACCACCACCGCACUGAGCUCAACAAGAAGGUCUACCGUGUUGGUCAAGGUGUUCACAUCCAGGAUGGAAAGGUGAUCCGGAACAACGCCUCCACUAACUACGACACCAGCCAGAAGACCAUCACACCCAUGGGAGGCUUCCCCCACUACGGUGAAGUGAACAAUGACUUCCUCAUGCUGAAGGGCUGCGUGGUCGGAGCUACCAAACGUGUCCUCACCCUCAGAAAGUCUUUGCUCGUUCACACGUCUCGCAAGUCCAAGGAAACCAUCGAGCUCAAGUUCAUCGACACCACGUCCAAAUUUGGUCACGGCCGUUUCCAGACCGCCCAGGAGAAGAGAUCCUUCAUGGGGCCGCUGAAGAAAGACGCCGUGAAAGCCGUGGUGGAGCCGCUGACAGAGGAGGCCUGAAGAACUUCUCUUAUCUCAACUGUCAUUCAAUAAAAACUGAGUUUCAAAUACAC